AUGGCUGAUACAGUGAUUGGCAAAAAUGCUGUCCAGAACUGGAUUAAUGAUUUAGUUAACUGUGUUUUACAUGGAAUUAAUGACAAUCAAAAUGUGUUAAACACAGCAACGCCCACAUCAAGUGCCACCCAUAACAGCAGUGAUAGUGUACUUAACGCAAGUCAUUCGCAACACUCAACUCAUUCGCAGAAUAUUCUUGAUUCUCAAGAAUCGGAUGACGCGGAAGAGAUCGGAGAGAAGACAAUUGAAAAACGGGUCGAAAAUAUUGAACAAUUACUACAAACCCUUAUCAGUGAAAAGCAAUCAGUAAACAAACAACAUGUGAAACGGAGGGCCAAUCACCAGAACAGACCCAACACCUCAUAUGUUGACAAAAAGUGUUGGACUUGUGGUAAAACAGGACACCUCUCAUACAAAUGUUACCACAAUAUAAGGCAUGAGAAUCGGAGACCAAAUCACAGGCAACACAAUCAUCACUUCAGGAAAAAAAGUGUGUGUUGUGUUUGCGAUGGGAAUAGUAUUGAUGUGAACACGAGUUCGGGUUCAGUGAGGGGUCAGACACUCCAUGUCUUGAAUCGCAAAAUACACCAAUUCUUGAAUAUACCCUACGCUGAGCCCCCUUUGGGCCCACUCAGGUUCGCACCCCCGGAGCCUCUAAGAGCACCUAAAAAGGAUGUGAUAGACGGGACAGUUCAGGGAAACUCAUGCAUUCAGGUGCCAAUGAAAGACCCGGAGCUCAAACACUUGGCGGGUCAACUGGUCACCAGUGAAGACUGUUUAACAUUAAACGUAUGGACACCGAUGAAUAAGGCGGACAAAGAGUCACCAGUGGAUCAGUUAAAGCCAGUGAUGUUUUGGAUAUAUGGCGGGGCAUUCAGUGUGGGCUCAAUAUAUCAGCCCAUAUACAACGGCAGUGUUUUGGCCACACAUGAUGUGGUGAUUAUCACUGCGAACUACCGGUUGGGACAGUUGGGCUUUCUAUACGGGGAUCGGGAGGACGCGCCCGGAAAUGCAGGCUUUUAUGACCAGUUAUUGGCUCUCAAAUGGGUUAGAGAAAAUGCUGAACAGUUUGGCGGAGAUAGGGAUCGGAUCACCAUUUUUGGUGAGAGCGCCGGAAGUUGGUCGGUGUCCGCACACAUACUCUCCCCGCUAUCUAAAGGCCUAUUCAAGAGGGCUAUUAUGCAAAGCGGAGCGGCUUUGAUGCGAAAUGAGCGGCCGUUUAUGGGCACAGUUGACGCUCUGGCAAAAGCCAAACAAACCGCACGUAAUUUACAGUGCAAUCCAUACGACUAUAAAUGGUUGGACUGUUUGCGCGCCGAGUUUGGGAAAGCGUUGGCCGCACUGAACGCCAGGGCCGGCCAUAGCCUGGAUGUAACACAAUUGGCCGCACAUUACCUGAACGGUACCGAAACGCACGGCAAUUAUGUGCGCGCUUUCGGCCAACUCUAUGGCGAUUGGAUGAUGACGUGUCCCACCUAUACGUUUGCCAAAGGAUUGGCCACCAGUAGUGGUGCCCACAAUAGUGUCCACUUUUAUCGGUUUAACUACGAAUCUGGUUAUACGAGCGGUAAGUUUUGCGGGUCAACGGCGGGAACGGUAUGUCACGGGGCGGACGUACCGCUCGUUUUUGGCGCCCCUUUAUUAAUGCAGCGAUUGUUUACUGAAACUGAAUAUGACUUCAGUAUAGAUGUGAUGAAAAUGUGGACCGAUUUUGCAAAAACACGGCUUACAAUAUGA